CUUGUAUUUGACGAAGAGAAAAAAAUCAGAUCAUCUAAGAAAGACAUAAUUUGAAUAAUUUUAAAACAACAAGUAGAAACGUAGUUUAAAGAUUAAAAAAGUGUAUAAAUGAAUGUUUAAAAGUAGAAGAAUCAUAAAUUCAGUGCAAGAAUUUAUUAAAAGUUAAUUAUUUCUCCAAAAUUCACCACAUAUACAUCAAGAGAUUUUUUGUUCUUCAACAAGAUGAAUUUUAGUAAAACGCAAUUACUUUAAAAAAUCGUAUAUCGCAAUGAAUGAUUACAACCAGAUUAAAGAGAGAAGAGUUGAAAAUGUCAGCCGAAGCCCAUCAAAAGAACGCACCAUCGUCAGAUGUCGUUCGUUUAAUUCCCCACAUUGUCCCCCCUCAAGCCGUUAGUGAUCGCUCUGUUAUCGAUAGUGUUGCUGGGUUCAUCAAUGAUGUAGCACUCACAAAUACACCACAAACUGAUUCCAAAGAUCAUGUUCUUUGGGUGAAGUUUGAAAACUUAGCCGAUAUCAGUGGAACAUCUCAUGAUGAUUGGGAUCUUGAAGGAAAUCUUCCGUCUCCUUUACUGUUAUGUAUCGGAUAUAGAAGUGGAGUUCAAGUGUGGGUGAUUCCUGCAAAUGGUGAAGCUGUCGAAGCCAUGUCAUAUAAACACGAAUCCGUUAAAGUACUUCGAAUUCUUCCAACACCAUUUCUCAGCAGCAAUAGCGAGUUAGCAAGUGAUUUACUCGAUCAGUUUAUUCAUAAACGACCGCUUAUGGCUUUAUACAGUGAUGCACCCGUUCCAAACCCAUCAACACUUCAUCAAAGUCAACAAUUUCAUGCUGUCAACUUUGUUUCAAUUAAAGAUGGUGACAUUGUAAAAAGUAUUCGAUUUAAGAAUCCAGUUGUUGAUAUUAUCGCAAAUCGAACAUCUAUUGCCAUAACAUUUUCUGAGAGAAUUGCUGUGUUUGAUGCGAGAACGUUAGAAGAUCGUUUGACUGUGACAACUUGUUAUCCAUGUCCAGGAGGUCUUUGCCCAAUUGCACUUGGUGAUCGAUGGCUUGGGUAUGCUGAGAAGAAGAUUAUACCAUCAAAGGCGAGUGCUGGUGGUUGUUUCUUUGAUGGUGUGUCAAGUUACACUGCGACAGUUUUAAAUGCUGCUAAGACACUUAGUAAAGGAUUACGUGAGUUAGGAGAACAUGUAGCUGCUGGAUUGACUGGCAAUGCAUCAACUCUUUCAACAUCACCUGUCAAUAGUCCCAAUGCAGUAUCAAGUGCUGUAAAUACCGAUGGAAAUCAAGCUGGAAUUGUUACAAUCAUCGACAUCAAGAAUCCAAUUAAAGAUGUUAGUCCAACAUCAGGAACGCCCGUAACGGUCAAUGGAAAUGAUCCAAUCAUUGCUCAUUUUAUAGCACACACUGAAGCUGUUACAGCCAUGUCGUUUGAUCCUUCUGGAAUGCUUCUUCUUACAGCUGAUCGUCGUGGACAUGACUUCAAUAUUUUUCGAAUACAAUCACAUCCUUCACCACAUGUUGUUAAUCGAUUGUCACGUUUUCAUCGAUCAGCGGGAUUAUCUGCUGAUGGUCGUUCAAGCAGUCCAAUUUUAAUAUCUGAACAUGCAGUUCAUUCAACAGCUUACACCAAUCCACGUUUGCCACCAUUUCCCCAUCCAACUGUUGUACUUCCUUUAGCACAGAUUCGUCAACCAGCUAACUUGAGUUCCGUUUCGUCUUUGAGUAUGUUGUCAUCACCACAAACAUCCCAACAUCAAAAUGUCAAAAGUCAAGGAAAUAAUCGUCAACGUCAUCAUUCGAUUGAAGAAUCUUAUUCAAAACCUUUAAGAGUUGCAUCGUUGUUUGCAAAGCCUCGUUCAUGGCUUUUAGAUCCACCAGGAUUAACACAUGAAACAACAACAAAUUUACAUCUUCGUCCAGUUGAUUCGCUGUUUGUCAUAGCCAGUCAUGGUGCACUUAUUCAAUAUAAUCUUGACACAAAACAUUCAUCAGCAAUUCCCAAAGAAAAAGUUCACGAUGAAUCACCAAUUGAAUUGGAUGUUGAAGCAAAAGCACAAUGGAUUCUUGGAACACGAUCGAAUUCUUUUGGUGAUCUGUCACCACCACUUCCGAUUGAUAAUUGGUUGAUAAAAGAUCGUGUUAUUGAUAACAAUUUGAAUUUAGACUCGAGUAAUAUUGAGAAUGUCAGUGGUGAUGAGCAUGAUGAUCGUUGGUUGUCACAAGUUGAGAUAAUGACUCAUGCUGGUCCACAUCGUCGUUUAUGGAUGGGACCACAAUUCAUGUUUAAAACAUACAACACACCGAAUGGAAAUUUAUUAGGACAGAAUGACAAUGAAUCGGUUGAGAAUGAAGCGUCAAAAACAGCACGAUCAACACCAAUGAAUAUGCCAAUUCAAAGGAAUCCAACAACAGCCACAAGACCUUUGGUGCCAGUUCUCAUUGAAUCAAGUUCAUAUAGUAGUCACGAGCCGAGUCCACUUCUAUUGGAUUCAUUUCAUUAUGAAAGUACAGACUCGGAUAUCAUUAUGGGACCCGAAUCACAAUUACGUGAAGAUUUAGCUGAUGCAAUGAAAGAUUGUGCAACAGUUCCAGUUGGACGUGAUUCAGGGCGCUUAACAAAUGACGCGACACUUGAAGUUAAUGUUAGCGGGGAUCUGAGACCUUUGUCAUCGGGUAGUGGAACGUCUUCGUUAUCUCCUUCUUGUAAUUUACAAACUGUGGUCAUGUCAAUUGUCAAUCCGCAAGGAACUGUGACAACUGUAAUAAAAAGUCCUAUCGAGUUUGUUGAAUUAUACUCGGGAAAUAAUAAAAUUCUUGAAAAUUGUGAUGAGACAAUGUUUCGUCCUGUUGUUACAGUUAUGAGCGAUCCAAAUCAACAUCAACUUUUCUACGAAGAGCCAUCGCAGCCGCUUGAAAUGUCAUCGAAACUUAUUGUGCCCGCAAUUGACGAAAGAGUUCUGGAAAAGAACAAGAGGAAGAGCAAUGAAAGUAAUGAAAUAAAGAAAGUUUUAGAUCGUCAAGAAGUUGAAGAUCGUCGAAUUAAAGAAAGUGAAGAGAAGAAAACUGAAGAAGUAGUGAAGAAAGUUGACGAACAAUCAACGGGAACUGUUAACAAGAAAGGCAAGAAAAAUCAAAAGUUCAAUAAGAAAGUUAAUGAAAAGUCAAAGGAAUCUCAACCCAAAGUCAAAACAUUUAAUGUUGAGCCUGUCAAAAGUUCUGUCGUUGAAAAUGUAACAGUGAAAAUCACAGAAAGUCAUUUCGAAGAAGAGAAAAUUCUUCCUCUGAUAGUUGUUGAGAAAGAAAAGCAGCAAGAAGUAGGAGAAGAAAAAACUUCAACAUCGCUAAAACAAAAAAAGAAACUGCCAUUGAAAGAACCGUCACCAGUUCGUAAAGUAAUUGAAGAAAAACAACCGACGACUUACAAUGAACUUUUCAAUAAAAAUGAUUUUCCUUCAAUGUCGAAACAAGCAAAGAAGAAUAAAAUUCAAAACUCACCAAAGUUGGAAGAAAUUGUGCCGAGUUCUGAAAUAAAAGUUGCUGAAAAUCUUUCAAAACGUGAAAAUGAAGACGAUGAAAGAUUUGAAGGAAUCGAUGACGAUCAUAUUGAAGUAAUUCCACUAGAAAAGGAAGUCGUGUUUGAUGAAACGACGGAAGAAGAAUCGGACGUUGAAAGAAUUGACGAGCUUGAUAAGAUUUCGAUUGAGAUCAAAGAAGAAAUUUUCAUUGAAAGUGAUGAAAAUUCUGAUGCUGAUGAUGAGCUUCCAUUGUUUAAAUCACUUGAAACAUUUGAUGAAAACUUUGAGCCUUUAUGUUUGAAUGAACAACGACAAUCUUCUAAUGUUGAUGAAGAUGACGAGAAGAAUAAAAAUUUAAAAGAGAUGAAAGAAGGAGAAGAAAAACUUCAAGAAAUUUUCAAAGACAAAACUUUUGUCAUGGCGAUGUGUUCAAGUUUAAGGGAAAUGAAUGAAAGUUCUGACGGUAAUUUUGGAAUGAUGAGAGAAGAAAAAGAACGUUCAAUGUCUUCGUCAAUGGUUAGAGACCCUGAAGACGACAAAACAUUCGCUUGUGCCAUCACAACCACAGAAGCAACGACCAAUGAGAUAGACGAAAAUGAAUCUGAUUCUAAUUUUAAAGAGCUUGAUUUGGAUCCAGAUGAAAUGACAUCAGCUGAUAUAAAAUUCAAAGUUCCAGCUGACGUUAAGAAGUCAAGCGAUGAAGCUGAAGAUAUUUCAAGUCUUGAAAUGAAUUCAUCUGAGACAGACGAUUCUUCAAAGCGCUCCAUUUCAACAACAAUGUCAAAGUUCAAGUCUGAUGACGAUGAAGAGUUGAGACCGCUUUUGCAAUCAUCUGCUACUUCAUUAACAUCUCCAUGUUUAUCGUCAUCAGUCACGGUUAAUUCAACUGCAAGUACAACCGAAGCUAAAGAAGCAACCACACUGCCAGAUUCUAAUCAAAAAGCUUCGUCGCUACAAGCAAGUAGCAGCAAUAAUGGAAAUGGCAACAACAAACGAUCACCAACAAAUAGUUCAAUAUUAUCAGCUGAAAGUAGCAGCAAAAGUAAGGACUCAGUUGACAGUGCGGAACCAAAAACCGAUCUGACAGCAUCCACUGCCAAUGUUUACGGCAAGGAUACAUUAAUCAACUUUGAAAAUGAAGAGCUGAGUUCUUCCAGUUUCAGUUCGUCAUACAGUGGCGAUCUACUUCAUUUUACAAACGCAUCAGAAGAUUUAAUUUAAUUUAGAAAAGAUUUCAUCAUACUUUCUUCUUCUUCUUCCCUUUUUAUACAAGAAACAAAAAUCUAUUUCCAAUUUUUUAUUCUUUUUUACAAUUCAAAGCUCAAGUUUCGUCUUAUUUUAUUUAAUAAGAUAAAAGACAUCAACAAAAAACAACUAAAAUAAAAAAUUGAUAUUUUUAUACAGAUACCUACACACACAAAGGAUAAAUCUAGAAAGUAGCGUGAAUCUUUUUUGGACGUUUCUUUAUAUUUAAAAAUCUUCAAUGAUAUUUCUACAAUCAUGAUUAGCAAUUAUGUAAUAUGCAUUUAAUGCUAUGAUUUAAAUUUAACAUUAUUAAUGUUUGUUAUGAAACACAUCAUUAAAGCCAGUGAUUCUCAAACUGUGUGUGCCGUAAAAGUUUUAAAAAAUACUUGAAAAUUCCCACUUUACAAGAAAUAUUUUUUCAUCAAAAAAGAGAAUAGUUAAAAAUAAAACAAAAAUGCUUUUCAAGUGUUUCAUGAAAACAUUUCAACUUUACUUAUCGUAGGUCGAAAGACGAAAAAAAAAGUUUGAGAAACACUGAUUUUUUUUAGUAAUAACUUUGAGUCCGAUCUAAACACAUUUAAUUGCAUUUUAUAUUUGAUAGAUUCUCAUUUUUAAGUGUUUAGAUUGGUCGCGUAAGUAAGUUAAUAAUGUAAGAAUGAAGUUAAGAACGUUUAGAGAUGAUCUUGAAUUAAGUUGAAUAUGAAUCGAUAGAUGUUAAUGAUUUUUAAGACAGUUGGAUGUAUUUUCAGAUUCUUUGAAAGCAUAAUUAGGACCGUCAUUCUAAUUCAAAUUUGCAUUUACGUGAUGUUAUCAUAACAAUGAUUUGUUUUAUUCCAAACAUUUUCAUUAUUUAUCUGUGAACAUUUUUUCUUUUUAAAUCAAAACCGAACCAAUCAUGAAAAAGUGAGUAGAGCUCGUAUUUGAAACUCAUGAACCAUUUCCACGUUUAUUACUUUUAUAAAAGUAAACGUUUCCAAAUCAAUCAAAAAGAAAACAAAAAAUUAAUAAAUAAAAAUAAAGCUCAGUGAUAUCAGAAAUUAGAAUAAGUGGCUUGCAGUUGAUUAACAUGCUUAUCUAUUAUAGAAAAAGAAGUUGGAAAAAGUUGAUUAUUUCAUCCGCACAACACUUUAAAUCCAUUCAAAUAUAUUGAAACUUUUCUUUCAUGGAAUAGAAGAAGUUAUCUACACAAAUAUUUAAUAUCCUAUCAUAAAUAUUACAAGAAACAGAAGGAUUUACAAAAGAAAACUAAAGGAAGAAAACCUAAUCAAAUUAACGGUUUUUGAAGUUGUAGAUGAAUUUAUUUAAUUACAGAUGUUCUUAUUGUACUGUAAUAUCUACAUGAAUGGAUGUAAAUAAAUGUUAAGAUUUAAUCAUUCAGAUCUCUUAA